AUGUCCAUAGACAGUUUUGGGGCCAACACUGAGAAGAAUCCUAAGGAAGAAUGCAAGGCGGUCCUUACUAGAAGCCAAAUGAGGGAAAAUGCUGAGAGAGAAAAGAGAGAUAAGGGAGCAAUAGAGGAUAAGUUCAAAGACCCAGGAAGUGUAACCAUCCCAUGUUCUAUUGAGGAGGUGUCACUGGGUAAAGCUCUCCUUGAUCUGGAGGAAACCAUCAAUCUGAUGCCCCUAUCUAUGAGCUGGAGGAUUGGGAAUCUAAAGAUUACUUCCACCAAAAUGUCGUUUCAGCUAGCAGACCAUUCAAUCACCAAACCAUAUGGUGUAGUUGAAGACGUCCUUGUCAAGGUUUUCCAAUUCAUUUUUCUGGUGGACUUUGUGAUAAUGGAUAUAGAAUAG